CCACGUGGGUAUUUUAAGUCGCCGAGGGCCGGGCCGGCUCGUCUGGGUGCGCAGUGCGGAGCGGAGGCUGGCCCAGCCACGCUCCAGCCGUGACCCAGUAAACCCAGUCCGACCUGACCGGGGCUGGCUGGCGGUGACACCCUGCUCCUCCUCCAGCACCGCCCGGCAGCUGGGGACGUUUUUGGGGUCCCCCUGCCCGCAUUGUCCCCAUGCCAGGCAGCUGAUGCCCGACCUUUGUCCUCACCAGCACCGGAGCAUCCCCGUGGUGCUGGCUGGUUUUCCUCUCAAACCCCAGGUUUCAGCAGAGCUGUCGCCACCUUCUCUCUCCCUUUUGUCUCCCUCCCGUGGAGAAAUCUCUCCGUGUCGUUUCUCCUCCUGCCUCUUCCCCUUUUCUGAUGGAAAAGCCGUGCUGGAGCAAGCAAACCAGCUGUGUGCGUCCUGUGGCCCUGAGCUCUCUGCCCCUGGCACGGAGCCUGGGCUCGGGCUUUGCUUUGUGGGGAGCAGCGGGGCCGGGGGGGGCCUGGGGCGGUGAUCUGGGAGGGACCGGGGAUGCUCUCAGUUCUCUCCUGCACCUUCCCCCAUCCCUAGGUGUUAAAAGAAAAGCCUAAAAUAAAUAAAAAAGAGCAGCUCGAAGCAGCCCUUCCCUUUGAGUAACACAUUAACCAGCCCUUAGAGCAAAGCGAUUAAUUUCCUUCAGGACAAAGUUAACACCAGAUCUGGGGCGAAGGAGCCUUUGCACAUGGGUGCAGCCGCUGGGCUGGAACAGCCGCGUGCGCCCGGCCCGACCCAGGCCCUGCCUCGAGCCCUCGCGGCGCUGGCGCGGGGAGGGUCCUGGGGAGCCCGUCCCCAGCAGUGGCUCUGCCGGGCCCCCCAGCCCGGGGGCCACCCUCGCCGGGGGCCAGGGAAGAUGCUCGGGGGCACGGUGAAGGUCCUGACUGCUCUCCUGGUGGCUGCGGUCAUGGGCUACCCGUCCCGGCGCUCCGCCACCGACCUGGAUGCCACCCCCAGGACCACGGUCACCUUUGACGAGCUGUCAGGGGUGCGGCGGUUCAGCGGGCGCAGCCUGAACUACACCACGCUGCUGCUGGAGGACGAGCGGGGCAUCCUCUACGUGGGGGCCCGGGGGGCCAUCUUCGCCCUCAACGCCAGCAACGUGGCCGACGGCUCGCACCGCACGAUCCACUGGGAAGCAUCCCCGGAGAAGCAGCUGGACUGCCUGCAGAAGGGCAGAAACAACAAGACCGAGUGCUUCAACCACGUGCGGUUCCUGCAGAGGCUCAACAGCACGCACCUCUACACCUGUGGCACCUACGCCUUCCACCCGCUCUGCGCUGCCAUCGAUGCCGACAGGUUCACGCUGCCUGCCCGCUUGGAGGAAGGCAAGGAGAAGUGCCCCUACGACCCCUCCCGCGGCUACACCGGCCUCAUCGUGGACGGCGGCUUGUACACGGCCACACGCUACGAGUUUCGGAGCCUUCCCGACAUCCGGAGGAACCUGCACCAGCGGCCGCUGAAGAUGGAGGAGUCCCCCCUGCACUGGCUGAACGACGCUGACUUUGUGGCCUCUGUGCUGGUCCGGGAGAGCAAGGACAGCCCCGUGGGCGACGACGACAAAAUCUACUACUUCUUCACGGAGCGGGCGGGCGAGGAGACCACCUCCUUCUUCGACAAGAGCCAGGUGGCCCGCGUGGCCCGGGUGGCCCGCGUGUGCAAGAGCGACGUGGGGGGGAAGAAGAUCCUGCAGCGCAAGUGGACGUCCUUCAUGAAGGCCCGCCUGGUGUGCUACAUCCCCUACUACGAGGUGCUGCGCAGCGUCUGCAGCCUGGACGGCGGCGGCUGGGCCAGCACCGUCUUCUACGCCGCCUUCACCCUCUCUGCGCAGUGGAGGACGAUGGAGGCGUCGGCCGUGUGCCGCUACAACAUCUCCGAGGUGCAGCGCGCCUUCGAGGGCCCCUACAUGGAGUACCAGGACUCCUCUCGCAAGUGGUCCCGCUACGACGGCGCGGUGCCCGAGCCCCGGCCCGGCUCCUGCAUCACGGACGGCUCCCGCAGGAGGGGCUUCAACUCGUCGCAGGACCUGCCCAACAGCGUGCUGGACUUCGUCAAGCUGCACCCGCUGAUGUUCGAGGAGGUGCAGCCGGCGGGCGGCGAGCCGCUGCUGGUCAAGAGGAGCGUGGCCUACAGCCGCCUGGCCGUGGACCGCGUGCGGGCCCUCGACGGGCGCUCCUACGACGUGCUCUUCAUGGGGACGGGGGAUGGCUGGCUCCACAAGGCCGUGGUGCUGGACUCCGGCGUCCACAUCAUCGAGGAGGUGCAGGUGUUCGGGGAGCCGCAGCCCGUGGAGACCCUGGUGGUCUCCCACAAGCAGAGGAGCCUGUACGUGGGGGCAGCCAGCGGGGUCCUGCAGGUGCCCCUGGCCUCCUGCGCCAGGUACACCUCCUGCUACGACUGCAUCCUCACCCGGGACCCCUACUGCGCCUGGGAUGGCCGGGCUUGCCGUGACACGGCCUCCAGGGACAGCACGGGGCUGGUGCAGGACGUGCAGGGCGGCAACGCGGGAUGCCGGAGCGGCUCCGGGCGCAGCUUCCUGCCGUGGAAGAACCGGACGGUGCUGCGCGGGGACGACGUGCUGCUGCCCUGCGACCAGCGCUCCAACCUGGCGCGGGCCGUGUGGCUGCUGAACGGCAGCGAGGUGCCGGGCGCGGGGCAGGAGCGGCUGCGCGUGGGGGUGGACGGGCUGCUGGUGACCGACACGCUGCCGGAGCACGGUGGCGAGUACCGCUGCUACGGCGAGGAGCGGGGCCUGCGGACGCUGCUGGCCGCUUACAGCCUCACCGUGCUGCCCGAGCUGCCCCGCGCCGCCGCCACCGCCACCGCCGGGCCGCACGCCGCCUCCCAGGUGGCCGGGGACGCCAAGGUGGUCUACGUCUCAACCAUCGUGGUGCUGGUGGUGCUGUGCGCCGUGCUGGGCAUCGUCCUGCUCUACGUGUCCUGCCUGGAGAAGCGCAAGGGCAAGUACGUCCUGGGGGAGCCGCGGCCCGCCAACGCCGAGCUGCAGACGGUGUCGGCCAGCUGCCUCCGCAAGGGCCGCGAGGAGGAGGAGGAGGACGAGGAGGAGCUCGCCUACCCCGACGGCUGCCUGCGCAUCAUCCCCGGCGAGGCGCCCACGGCCGCCACCUCCCCGGUCAAGGAGCUGCCGGCGGUGGUUCCCCCGCCGCCGCUGCCGCCGCCGGCGCUGCCAGCCGAGCUGACCAACGGGGUGGGCGCCCUGCCCAGCGUCCUGCGCAAGAUGAACGGCAACAGCUACAUGCUGCUGCAGCAGGACGAGCCGCUGGCCUCGCCGCUGUGCAGCGCUUCCUUCACCGAGGAGCUCAGCAAGAUCCUGGAGAAGAGGAAACACACGCAGCUGGUGGAGAAGCUGGACGAGAGCUCCGUGUAGGGGCCCCGGGGGGGGACCCGCUGCGGGACCCUCCUCCCCUCCGGCCCCUUCUCCCACCCCCUGCCAGCAGUGUUACCAGACUCAGGCGAAACUACCUCCGGGACCGCAGCAUUGGGCCGGGCCCAGGCUCGUCGGUUCCUUUGGCUUUUCAUUCACUUUUAAGACUUGAUGUGCAAAAAAGAAAAACAAUGGAAAAGGA